UUUUCUAUUUUUCUAUGUUAUCGUUAUGUAACAUCUAUUCUUUUACCAGUUGGGCCAAAAAUUUUGGAAUGGCUUGGAGAUCAUAUGGAUCUAACAAUACGGAGUUUAUAAAUUCAUUAUGGGAACAUGGGGUUAUUAAAAGUGAAAGAAUUAAAGAAAUUAUGCUACAAAUUGAUAGAAAAGAUUUCAUAAAAAAUUCUCCUUAUGUAGAUUCACCACAAUCGAUUAGUUAUGGGGUUACAAUAAGUGCUCCACAUAUGCAUGCAGCUGCUUUAGAAUUAUUAAAGGAUCAUCUUAAACCUGGUGAUAAAGCAUUGGAUAUAGGAUCUGGAAGUGGUUACUUAACAGCCUGUAUGGGUAUGAUGGUAUCUCCGAAUGGAAAAGCUGUAGGAGUUGAGCACAUUCCUGAAUUGGUAGAAAGCUCACUUGAAAACAUUAAAAAACAUCAUGCUCAUUUGUUGAGUAAAGACUUAGUUAAAAUUAUAGAGGGUGAUGGAAGAUUAGGAUAUAAAGCUUUAUCACCUUACAAUGCAAUUCAUGUGGGAGCAGCUAGUCCUGAUAAACCAAAAUCUUUAUUAGAUCAAUUAGCCAAGGGAGGUAGGUUAAUAUGCCCCGUGGGAUCAAUCUCUUUUGGGCAAGAUUUGAUGCAGUACGAUAAAGGAAUGGAUGGUGAAAUUAAAGAAGCCAUUCUGAUGGGAGUCUUAUAUGUCCCACUGACGGACAAGGAAAAACAGCACAACAGGAGUGAAAGACAUUCUUUGCAUUUCAAUGAGAAAGAUUUAUGAACAUAGUAAAGAAAAAGAAAUAUGGGAACAAAGAUAUCAAAAAUAGCAAGUUAAAACGUGCAAAAAUUUAAACAUAAUAUAUAUAUAUAUACUCGUCAUCUUAUCACCGCACUAGUUAAAUAAUAUCUAAU